AUGAGUGGCACUGGUUUGUGGACGGAGGAGCAGUUUAACUGCCCCGUGUGUCUGGACUUGCCCAGCGAGCCUGUCACCAUACCCUGUGGCCACAGCUACUGCAUGGCCUGCAUCGCCGACUACUGGAAGUCGGAGGGGCAGAAAGGUGGAGCCUACAGCUGCCCAGAGUGCCGGCAGACCUUCAAGCCCUGCCCCCAGCUCUGCCGUAACACCAUGCUAGCAGAGGCUGUGGAGCAGCUUCGCCGUGGCAACCUUAGCGCCGCAGCCCGGGAAUCUAUCCGGAGCGCCAGCCGGGCCGCACGCUCCGCCUCCGCCCGGGCCGCCGCCCGGACUUCCGCCCCCCUGCCCCCCUCGGCUGUGCCCUGUGACCGGUGCACGGAACCGCGGGCGGCACUGAAGACCUGUCUGGUGUGUAUGGCAUCGUUGUGUGAGACUCACCUGAAGCCCCACCAGACGAAAGCUAAACUAAAGGGCCAUGAGCUGAUUGGCCCCACGGGGGACCUGAGCCAGAAGAUCUGCCCCCACCACAAGUACCUGCAGGAGUUCCACUGCAGAACCUGCCAGAAGUUUGUCUGCUGGAUCUGCACCAGCAACCAGCACAAAGGCCACGAGACCGUGUCCACCCAGACAGAGCGCACGGAGAAACAGAAAACCUUGACUACAGUGCACACGGAGAACCAUCAGAAGCUCCAGAAGAGAGAGGUGGAGCUCAAAGACAUGAAGAAAGUUCUGGAAACACUAAAGAGGUCAUCAGACACAGUGAAGGCGGAGGCAGACACAGUGCUGCUGGAGCUCCAGCACUCAGUGCAGCGUCUGCAGCAGCUUAUCCAGGAUGUGAUGUCCUCCACUGGGCAGGAGAAGCUAAGUGAGGCCCAGGACAUGGUGGACAAGUUGGAAGCCGAAAUAAAGCAGCUGAAGAAGAAAGAUACAGAGCUGAAGAACCUGGUGUCAUCUGAGGACAAUAUCUACUUCCUCAAAUCAUAUGAAGCGUUGUGUUCUCCAGACCUCUCCCUGCUGGGUAGCGUGUCUGUGUCUGUGAAUGCAGAUGUCUCUUUUGAGCCAGUCAGGAGCCUCAUCUAUGAGCUCAGAGAGAGAGUGGAAGACAUGUGUAACCAGGAGCUGGACAAGAUCAACAAGACAGUCUUCAGCACCACAGCCUUCACUGUGACAGACCAACAGAACGGACAGAAGCCUGCGAUUCUAAAACUGUUCUCAGGACUGGGAGCCAAAAGUUCAAACAAUCGGACACAAGGUCCACCGGCGUUGCCCUCUGUGAGUGUUCGGGGCACAGGUCCAGGAUCAUUUGCACAGGAUGUCAGGAGUCGAAAUGAUCCACGGGUUGAUAGAAGAACAAACUCCCCAAGACCAAAAGCUACUCAAGGCAGAGUGGAGAGAGAGGAAGAGAGCUCACCCAGACCUCUGCAAAGACCAAACCUAAACACCAGUGAUGAGCAAGCUGACACUCAGAGUAUACGCUCCCACGGGUCAAGAACAAGGCAGAAGAGAGAAGAAAGAGACCAAGAUGACACCUGGAGUUUAAGUUCCAUCAGGCCAAGAGACAGACAGAAGAGAGAGGAGAGACAGACAGCUAACGGAGACCUGCAAAACCCAGUGAGACCACAGCAGACACCGGUGGCUAGACAACAACCAGAGAGACAAUCUGAUCGUUGGAGUCUCAGUUCACUUUUACCACGGAACAGGAAGAAGAAACAAGACUCAGUGAGAGAGGCCACACCCACUCAUCAGGAGGAGCCUACUUCAGCCAGCACAUGUGAAAGUCCAGUAGAUGUGAACCCCGGGCUCUUCCUGGACUCACCUACUGAAUUCACAAUGACUCCAGCAUUCCCAGUUUUGAGGGAAAUUGACAUGGACAGCAUAGAGGCUCCGGAGCCCAGGACCAGGGAUGAGUUCCUGCAGUACGCCUGCGCGCUAACCCUGGACCCCAACACCGCGCACCAGCGUCUGGCACUGAUGGAGGAGGGCACCAGGGCGGAGCUGCAGGUUCGGGCACUGCCCUACCCAGAGUGCCCACAGCGCUUCGAUGGCUGGACGCAGGUGCUUUGUCUGCAGCCCCUUGUCUCCGAACGCUCCUACUGGGAGGUGGAGUGGCGUGGGCGGGGCUCCUCGCUGGGCGUGGCCAGUGCAGCCAUGACCAGGAAGGGGGCAGACGCAAGGGCGGGGCUAGGAUACAACAGCCAAUCCUGGAGCCUGGAGCUGUCAGACAUGUGCUGCGCAGCCAUGCACGCCAAUCAAAAGAAGGAGAUCCCGGUGACGUACUGCCCCCGUGUGGGCGUGUUCCUGGACCGGGGGGCGGGGACACUGUCCUUCUACGCCGUGGACGACAACCUCCUGCUUGUGCAUGAGUUCCGAGGGUCCUUCUCUGAGCCCCUGUUUGCAGCCUUUGGCGUAGGCAGUGGCGUGGGCGUGGGGCUGGACUUUGCCAUGGGUCAGUUCAGCUCCACCGCGGACAGCAUCAAGAUCUGCCGUCUCUGAGCCCAGAGCAAAAAUACUGCUGGGAAUUCACGGAGGACAUCAAACACUCUUCUAAUAACAUUUUUCAUAUAAAAUAUAAUAUUGUUCACACAAUGUA